AUGCUUCGGUCCCUCUCGUUCCGCUUUGCUGUAGCCGUACGCCGUCGACAGGUUCGCCGCCACUUUGCAGCGCCACUCUCUGCUGCCACAUCUGCUGGUGACGAGGCGACUGCAGUCUUCGAGAACAAACAGCAGCAACAGCAGCAGCAGCAGCAGCAACAGCCACUCGCACUGGAGACGACGUGGGACAAGUUGGUCAUUGGUGAGAUCGUGGCCUUCCACCCGCACCCGCGAGCAGGUCGUCUGAGCGUCUGCAGCGUAAACAUUGGGGACGCGAACGACCUGCUGACGAUCGUCUGUGGGGCGACGAACAUUCGUGAGGGCGCGCGGGUCCCCGUAGCGACAGUGGGCACUCGACUGGUCGUGAGAGAGCCCGAGACGGGGGAGCUCCGGACGCUCAAGAUCAAAAAGGCCAAGUUCCGUGGCGAAGUGUCGCAGGGCAUGAUCUGCUCCGAGGCAGAGCUGGGGCUGGCGGACCAGAGCGACGGCGUUCUCGUCUUUGACACGAGCGACGCAGCCGCAGUUGUCGGUAGUCUCGUGUGCGAGCACGCAGCUCUCACGGGUCGUGUGGGCGCAGCACAGACACUGCCCCGGCAGGUAACUACUACUACUACUACUCCUACUACCACUGCAACAGCUCUUCGCUCGGAGGCAAUUGAGACUUCGUCUGGGUCUGAAGCUGUGGCGGUACUGCCCGCGAGGUGCACGAGGUAG